UUAAUGAAAAGAAACAAGGAAGGAGAAAAAGAAGGAAAGAAGGAAGGAAGGAAGCAACAAACAAACGAACGAACGAAGAAAGGCCACAGAUACUAUGAAAAACACUUAAUCUCAAGAGAACAAGACCCAACCAAGUCCGGUCACAGCAGAAGUCCCUCCCCGGCUCUAGGAUCAGCCAGUGUGGACUGCUGUUGCUAAAUGUUGCCGGCUCACAGGGGCGAUGGUGGAGGGCUGGUAAAGAUGGCGGCGCUCUGUGAGGAUGGGAGAUAUGGCUUAAAGUAUGGGCAGCAGAGCGAUGACAGAGUCACCGUGUUGCACGUCAAACUGACCGAGACGGCGCUGAAAGCCAUAGAGAGCUACCAGAAUGGUCGGAAUGUACCAUCCUUGCAGCCGGCAAUACAAUUUAAUGGACUUCAAGGGCGCAUCAAAAUUCCAAAGACCAAUUCUUCCUCUGAUGCCUUUAACAAUUUUGAUUUCUACCUGUCUAAUGUGGGCAAGGACAACCCUCAGGGAAGCUUUGAGUGCAUCCAGCAGCAUGUAUCAAGUUCAGGGGCUUCGAAUUUGGCAUUGUUGGCAACCGUACAGGGCAAGGUCACAGUGUGCGCCACCAAUGACUCAUAUCAGGUGACCCGAGAACGAAUGACCCAGGCUGUGGAAGACACACGUGAACGUGGGACCAAAGUCAUCAAACCUGGGGGUCAAUACAGAGGAAAACAAGUCCAUAUCCGUAAGCCGGCUUUAUCAACCCCUGAGGUGGUCCCAGAGCGCAAACGUUCCACCCCAAUUAACCCUGCCAACACCAUUCGUAAGUGCUUUACCAACAACCCAGUCUCCCAGAGAUCGUUCCGCGACCGCAUCAUCCACCUGCUGGCACUGCGUACCUACAAGAAGCUUGAAGUGCUUGCCCGUUUACAGAGGGAUGGUAUCAACCUGAAGGAUAGGAACUCAUUAGGGAGCACCCUGCAGCAGGUAGCAAACCUGAACCCAAAAGACAACACAUACUCACUGAAGGACUUCAUUUUCCGUGAUGUCCAGCGAGACUGGCCCGGCUACUCUGAUGAAGACAAGACCCAGGUUCACCGGAUCCUUGCUCGCAAAUUAGGUCUUCCAACUGAAACCCUCUCAUCAAACAGCCCUCCCAAAGAGGGUCUCCCCACUUCACCCUUGAAGCAACAGCUUGACUUUGACUUUAUUGAUCCUCUGGCACCGAAGAAAGCCCGUAUUUCACAUCUCAGCAAUCGAGGAUCUGCUGCAUCUUCAUCCUCCUUUUCUGAUCGCCGUGAGGAUGAGAGCACCCCGAGCUCUCAGAGCUCAUCCUUACCUUCCAACGCCACCUCCAGCGCUCCGAUGCAUCUUCCUGUUUCAUCCCACCCUCCAGCACCCUCACAUCAGCAGCCCAGCCCUGCCUCUAACUCCAACUCUCCCAGCACCCCUGAGGGCUGUGGCACCCAGGAUCUGCCCACAGAUCAGAGCUCUUCCUACAGGGAUCCUUCACCUAGUCCCUUUUCAACCGAUGGGACGUUGCAGGAUUGUUUUGGUCAACCCAUUCCUCAACCAGCCUCCUUCCCCACCCUUCCUCCGGCUCGAACCUCACUAACGGUGACGUCCACUGUCGUCAGUAGCCCUCCCUUGUCCAGUGGUACAAACAAAAAGGUCAAAAAGAAAUCCAAGAAACACAAAGACAAAGAUCGAGAAAAAGACAAAGUAAAACAGACAGAAAGAGCCAAUACUUCUUCUCCCAGUCCUGUGGAGCUUCGCGAGGAGAGUCGUAAAGCCAAAAAGAGACCUGCUGCUGAAAUGAACAGAGAUGAAAUCCAAACAAAUCCCGACCAAGAAGAGUCCUCAGACAAAGAGAAACCAGUCCAGUCCACUGAAUAUUCCUCCACACUUGCAAUACCUGACUACAAAGUGAAAUACACAUCGUUGGCGUCCAUGGACCAGCGGCAGAGCUACAAGGAUGAUUUCAAUGCAGAGUAUGAUGAGUAUCGUCAGCUGCACGCACGUGUAGAAAGUAUUACCCGCCGCUUCACUCAGCUGGAUGCCGAGUGCCAGAAGUUUCCACCUGGCACCAAAGAGUACCAGAAAACACAGGAGGAAGUGUUGAAAGAGUACAAGAAGAUGAAACGAAACAGCCCAAACUACCAUGCUGAGAAACAGCGUUGUGAAUAUCUGCACAACAAGCUGGCCCACAUCAAGAGGCUAAUAGCUGAUUUCGACCAGCGCAGAGCUCAGUCCUGGUUCUGAGAGCCAGGCAUGUGACAUCUUCACUAAUCAGUAUUUGAAGAUAGUGUUGGCCCAGGUGGGGUGGUCCAGUGUGUCUAACCUAGUCUAGAUCUUGAAGACUCUUCAGUUACUGCCUCCACCACACACCUCUCUGCUCCUCCUCCUCCGCUUUCUCUUCUGUCCUUCACCUGUUUCAUUCCUUUCUUCUGUCAAACUUUGAUUUCACAAGUUUUAAGGUGGCUUGCAACCAUGAAAAUCUUACAUUUUAGUUUUGGGCCCAUGUUUGGCUUAUCUUAAUGAAUCCUGAUUAAUAUAUUGCCACUGGACCAUUGGAAAGAGCUGUCUGCAUGUGUGACCGGGGUAGAGGGAGUUAAACAAAUCUUUGACUCUUCUACUUUUUGAGGAUUGUAAAAAAAAAAAAUACAAAAAAAACCAAAAAGAUCAAAAAAUAUUUUUGAGCAUCAGAGAAAGUAUGUAUUUGUAUUUGAGGAAAAAAGGCAGAGAAAGAGAGGGAUAUCUAUUUAUUUUUGGAUUCAAACUGCAAAAGGAGUCCACAGAUGAUUUUUAUGUUUAUCUUUUCUUGAAAACAAUGCAAAAGUAAUUAACCACAAUCUUUUGUUUUGACUUUUUUGAAGCCAUUUUGCACGAAGAUUCAUCAUGAUCUCUCAUUUGGCAAAGAUAUCUGAAUCACUUCCUGUUUCUAUAAGCAACUAAUGGAGAAGGCUGGCUGUACACAUGAAGUGUCCUUAAAACAACACACAGCUGUUUCAGAUGUUUAGUGGUUGCACGAUGGCAUCAUCUCUCUCUGUUACAUUUAUUCAAAAAUCCAUUUGGAAGGGCUUGGUGUCCUCUUAAACACUACGGCUGGACCUUUGACAAUCAACUGUGAAGAAAACAUUUGUCCCAUCACCUUGUUGUUCAGUCUCAUAACUAAAGUUGUCUUAAUCAGCUUUCUGAUAAUUAAGCUGCACAAGCAAAAUGAAACAUAACCAUUCGAGCUCCAAAAGUAACCAGGACAGCAGUCGCAUUUUUAAAGAACUUCGUGGGGUUCCAUUCACUUAACUCUAUGGCUUCAGAACAGCGAGUGUUACACAGUUACAAAAACGUCAUAAAGACACUGAGCCCAUCCACAAGACGUGUGGGUGGGCUCUAAUGUCAGUCAUAUUUCCUCUCAGGAUUCUAUGCAAAGUACAUGUGGAUACAGUGUGUGGUCCACUUUUGACCGGUGUAGUCCAAGUAAACCACAAGGCCUGUGGGCUGUAGUCCAUUUAUUUCCCACACACAGUUGUCUUACCUAGCUGUUUUUGUCUUGGGAAAGUUUAUUGUACACCCGCCUUACAGAAUGGCAUUACAAUCAUGCAGCAGAUAAUGCAUUAAAGGCACAGUGAUUUUUUUUUUAGUAAACACAGGUGUUACCAAUUCACCUGUGCAUCCAAGUUGUUACUUCUUACAAGAACAGGUUGGGUGAUGUCAUCGAUCUGUAGUUCCCUGAUUAUUUAUUCAGGUCUGUGGACAUGAAAUCACAGCCGUUGUUGUUUACCAUUUGUAAAUAUUACUGAGUUUAAGGAGAUAAGGAGAAGCUACCUUCAAAGGACACGUCCAUGUCCAUGUGACUUACUUAUAUAAACAGCUGAAAAAGCUGACAUACAGAUCAUGGAUCUAGUGCCACUAUACAAAAUCUACUACACUGUCUAAUAACAACAUUACACUGAGAGGAAAAAAAAAAA